AUGGAGCAGAAGGAAUGGCUGGACCAGAGGAUAAGGGUUGAUGGAUCCUCCUUUGCUGAACAGAAGCAAGUUGAAGUGGCAAGGAACGUGAAGAUUUUCAGCUGGAGCUCUGGAAAGGGCUUGGGAGAAGGUGUAGUGGAGAAAGUGACUAGCCCUCUUGAGGAUAUUGAGUUGGAGUCAGACCUGGAAGACUGGAAAUUAGAUGGCGAAGGCUUCUAAUUCAUGCCAACCAAUACAGCUUUUCCUGAGAUGAAAAUUACAACUCAAUAUGAGGAAGAGGACUGGAAUAAAGAACUGGCAAAAAGUGAAAACAAUAACAAUCCUUAUGGAUUCGAAGAUGUUAUGCACUGUAGAAGUUUCUUGGAUCAAAAUCCAGUGGCAUUAUGUCCAAUUCAAGACAAGCCUUUGUACAACCUAAGCUUGCACCAUGUAGCACCACUGACUUUGAGCCAUCUAGAGGACAUGCUGGUAGAUGGCCAGUUUGAUGAUGCUGUUGACUGA